CAUAUUUUAUGAAGGGUGGAAAACAAUCAAAGAAUAAGUCAAUUUGGGAUUAAGUUAAAAAUGAAGAAAAAGACUUCUAUUUCAACUUCCUUACCAAAAAAUAUAGAAAUGUGUAAAAAAAAUUGAAAGACAUUGCUGAUUUAGAAGAAUUGUAAAAAACAAAAGAAUUGAAAGCAGAAUAAGUAUAAAAGAUUCAAAGCAAAGAAGAGAAUAAUGAAAGAAUAAAAGAAUUGGAAGUCUAAGUCUCAAAUUGGUUGUAAGCUAAAAAAGAAGCAGAAUAAAGUGGUUCUUUAAUCACUUAGGAAGUUUUUAUUUUAAUAUUGGAGCAUUUAUGUGAAAAUAAAGAGACAGUAGAACUAUUGAGUGAAGAUCAUUAAUCUAUAUAUGAAUUGGCUAAAUAGCUUCAAAAUAGAGUAAAUAAUCAAUAAAAGAAAAAGGAUCAAUAAUGGAAGGGAUUGAAAGUAUAUAUAAAUAAAUAUUAAAUUUAAGUUAAAACAUUAACCACAAAUUGAAGUUCCUAAUCAAGAAGCACCUUAGUAAAUUUAAUAAUAGCAAUAAGAAACUCCAUAAUAAAUAGACACAGUUGAAAUUCCGAAAGAAUAACCAUAAGUUUAAUAGUAGGAAUAAUAUGUUUUAAUGAAGUCUAGUCCUAAGAAAUCAUUUUAAGAUGAGAAUCGUUAAUAAAUUCAUUAACCCUUAGAUUAACUUCCAAAUUAACAUACAGAAUAGUAAGAAUAAUAAGAGUAGAAUCAACCUUAAUAAGAAAUAUCAUAAUAAUAAACAUAAGAAGGAAAAGAAGAAUAAUAACAUGAUUAAAAAGGUAAUCAUUAACAUUCAAGGGAUGGUAAUAGAUACCAUCAUCAUCAUGAUGAUUAAAGAAAGGGAUACAAAAAAAACUAUCAUCAUGAUAGACGAAAUAAUAAUAAUAAUGGAGAUAAUAACAAAUAAUAUAGAGGAAAUAAAUAUCAUAAUAGAGAUAGACAUUAAAGAGAAGAAUGGUAAGAAAAAAAGGAAGUUUAAGAACAUGAUUAAAAUAAUGAUAAUUAAGAUCAUCAUAGUUCAGACGAAGAAUAUAUCACUGUAGAACGUAGGUAAUUAUAUUCUGCUAUUAAUAGAUCAAAAAAACCUUAAUAGAAACCUACUAGAGGAUCUAAUAGAAAUCAUUAUGAUAAUAAGAAUAGAUCAUAAAGAAAUCCAAGUGACAAUUCAGAGACUGUUAAUGCCUAAUCAUGAGAUUAUAUUUAAAAAUGUAUAAAAUAAAAAAU